AUGCCUUCCAACACUUUCGCUACUUCUGGUCGAGAUCUCAUUGGUCACCGAAUUGACAAUGGUAGACUUGAAUUCCUUUCUACCCUCGGUGUCGGUGCCUAUGGUGUCGUGUAUCUCGUUGUCGACUUGCACGCUCCAAGACCGGUAUACUUGGCAGUGAAAUGCCUUUUACGAGCUGGACUUGAUUCAAGACAACGUCAUUUCCAAAGACGAGAAAUUGCCUUACAUCAACUCGCUUCCAGACAUCCCAAUGUUGUCACCCUUCACAAAGUCAUCGAGGAGGGAGAGUUCAUCUUUGUGAUAAUGGAUUUCUGUGAUGAGGGUGACUUAUUCGGUAUGAUCACUGAGAAGCAACGAUAUCUUGGCAAUGACUUGUUGAUAAAGAAAAUAUUUUUACAGAUUAUCGAUGCUGUUGAUUAUUGUCACAGAAUGGGUAUCUACCACCGAGAUUUAAAACCAGAGAACAUAUUGUGUACCCAAAAUGGAGAAAGGAUAUGUAUCGCAGAUUUUGGAUUGGCUACAUCAGAAAAACAUUCUACAGAUUUCGGGUGUGGUUCCACCUUCUAUCUUUCACCUGAAUGUCAAGGCGGUCUGUUCGAGCGACUCGAGUCAUAUUCCACAGAAACCAAUGAUAUCUGGGCAUUAGGUGUGAUCCUUGUUAAUCUCACCUGCGGUCGAAACCCCUGGAGACAAGCAUGUCCAAGCGAUGAGACUUUCAGAGCAUACGUGCAUGAUCCCAACUUCCUUCGAAACAUCCUUCCAAUCUCUCGAGCCACCAACCGAAUCUUGAAAGGUCUUUUCGCCCUUGAGCCUCGAGAUAGAACACCAAUCAAAGUGCUCCGAGAACAAAUAUUGAGGGUGGAGACAUUCUCAAUGACAGACGAAGAACUAUUGACCGCUCACUCCGCCGCCCGAUCCGCUGCUGCCGCUGUUCGACAAGCUGCCCCUGCGCCUGCCCCUGUACCAGUCACACCUCCACCUGUCAAAGCAGCUGUCCCCGUUUCGAUACCUCGAGUGGCUGUACAACCUGUCAUGGACGAAGAUGCAGAAUUAGACGAGUUUGCUCACCAACAUGCUCAAAGGCGAAAUCGAGCAAACAAAAUACCGCGAGAAACUUCUUCAAGUGGUCAAUCAUGGGCAUCGGGAUCAUCACACCCUACACUUUCACAAGCCCAAAUCGACAAAAAUGUUUUCGCUCAAAUCGAUUUCACUCAACCUGGCUCCGGCUCAGCAGGAACCAAUUGUACUCCAGCAUUAAUAAAUGAGACUGAAGACUUGUUACGGACCUCUUCAAGAUCAUCUUCAUCGGGUGAUAUAUCAUUACCCCCUACACCGGAUUUUUCUCCCCUCGACAAGACAGGAAAUAUCAACGCUCAACCUAUCCCGGUGCCGAAAUGGGAGAUCACUUCGGGUGCAAAGGGCAAAAACUUUCAGCAAACUCCUAGAUCAGACCUCUUCCAUGUUAAUAUGAACCCUCAAAGUCCGUUGAGCGGCGAGUUCAUCCUUUAA